CAUUAUUGUUCGCACACAGACCUCAUGGAACAAAAAAGUACCCAUGAUUUUCUGAGGCAGAAAGUGGACUGGUCAGCCAGUAAUCAUGACAAGACAUCACCCUAUCUCAUUUCCUUUUUUUGAACUGAAAAGAUCAUUGACAUAAAUGGGAAGUUCACCUAUAUAUUAAAAGGGAAAACUGCUAGAAGGCUUUAUAACGUUCCAAGAACCAAAUCAGUCAUCAGAGUGGUCAGCUAGUUCUGUGCCAGAAUGAAUGUGCUGGGAUUGAUGUUCUCUAUUGGAGCAGUCACUUUGAGCUGCGCCUUCCCACAAAUGAAAGGUAGUUGCAAAAUUCCACCAAGAUUGGGACUUGCGGAGUUGUUAGAGGCCUCGGAACAAGAAUCAUUUCCCAUGGGACAUGUAGUACGUUAUGCUUGCCGCCCUGGAUAUUCACGCUAUGGGGCGGCUAUUAGAAUGAUCUGCUCAGAAGGCAGAUGGCUAUCAGUGUCAAAAGGGGAAUGCAAAAAAAAACGCUGUGGUAACCCUGGGGACAUUGAUUUUGGAACAUUUGAGCUGAAAAAUGAAGAAGACUUUGUAUUUGGAGCUAUAGUUGAGUACUCCUGUGAACUAGGGUAUCAAAUGAUUAGCAAAUAUAACUCUAUUGAGUGCACAGCGGAUGGUUGGUCAAGAGACCUUCCUCAUUGUGAAGCCAAACUAUGUCCCCCUGUGGUGGAUGACAGUGUAAGAGUUCUGUCCACCGUACAUGAUGAAGAAUAUACAGCAGGUCAUGUAAUAAACCUGGAGUGCAAAAAUCCAAAUAGGAAACUUAAUGGGCCAUCUCAGAUUCACUGCACAUCCGAUGGAACUUGGAAUGUAGAUCCACCAACAUGCAAAGCCAAUAGAUGCCCCCCAGUGGUGGAUGACAGUCUAAGAGUUUUGUCCACCAUGCCUGAUGAAGAAUAUACAACAGGUCAUGUAAUAAACCUAGAGUGCAAAAAUCCAAAUAAGAAACUUAAUGGGCCAUCUCAGAUUCACUGCACAUCCGAUGGAACUUGGAAUAUAGAUCUACCAACAUGCAAAGCCAAACUAUGUCCCCCUGUGGUGGAUGACAGUGUAAGAGUUGUGUCCACCGUACAUGAUGAACAAUAUACAACAGGUCAUGUAAUAAACCUGGAGUGCAAAAAUCCAAAUAAGAAACUUAAUGGGCCAUCUCAGAUUCACUGCACAUCCAAUGGAACUUGGAAUGUAGAUCCACCAACAUGCAAAGAACAAAAACGUAAAAAACAGCCGUGUUUUCCUCCACCUGAAGUUUUGUUUGGCGAGUUAAUUGGAAGGAAAAAGCAGAUGUAUGACUCAGGAUCCACCAUCGAGUUCAAAUGUGUUAGCUAUUAUAAACGUCAAGGAAAGAAAGAAAUCAAAUGUCGGAAUGGAGUCUGGGAACAAUUACCAGCUUGUCUAGUGCCAUGUAUUCUAAAUUCGAAUUACAUAAAAGGAAAUCACACAGACCUUGUAAAUGCCAAGGAAAAGUAUGUGGAACAUAACAAAACUGUAAAAUUUAAGUGCUUGCAAACAUUUGAAAUAUCUGAUGCUAAGCUGCUAAAUGUAAAAUGCUUGAAUGGAACGCUAGAAUACCCCACAUGUGUCAAGAUGGUGCCAUGUAUUCUAAAUUCGAAUUACAUAAAAGGAAAUCACACAGAUCUCGUAAAUGCCAAGCAAAAGAAUGUGGAACAUAACACAAAUGUAAAAUUUAGGUGCUUGCGAACAUUUGGAAUAUCUGAUGCUAAGCUGCUAAAUGUAAAAUGCUUGAAUGGAACGCUAGAAUACCCCACAUGUGUCAAGAUGGUGCCAUGUAUUCUAAAUUCGAAUUACAUAAAAGGAAAUCACACAGAUCUUGUAAAUGCCAAGCAAAAGAAUGUGGAACAUAACAAAACUGUAACAUUUAGGUGCUUGCAAACAUUUGGAAUAUCUGAUGCUAAGCUGCUAAAUGUAAAAUGCUUGAAUGGAACACUAGAAUACCCCACAUGUGUCAAGAUGGCAGCAGAUGAAAUUACUGUUCAGCCUUCUGUGGAAAGUGAGCCUCACAUAUACUAAGAACUGGUUUCAGAAGAAUAUUGCACCUAAGAUGAAGAAAGCAAGCAAAAUAGAUCUACAGGGGCUGACGAGCACAACAGCGCAUUUAAAUCUCUUUAUUCUGCUUGGAAUUACAUUUUUAUAUUAUACAUACACUGUUAAAAUAAAUUGUUUCUGAACAGAAUAAGUGUUAGAGUUGGAUUCUAUUAUGGACUUAGAACAGCUCUUGGCAGCAUAAGAUGAUAGCUUGAACCAGUAUACAACUACUUGGAGUUCCUGGACUGUAUUCCACACAGAAUUUCAAUUUAUGGCAUCCUCUUCAAUACAGUUCUUUGUUGUUUUGGUCAUAGUGGAGAGAGGUGGAACUUUCCCUCCCCUUUCUACCCCUGCUGUUUGUCUUAGUACUGUACCAAUCAUAUGCUACCCCUUCUUUUACCUGGAAACCCUCUACCCCAAAUUAUUUUCUUAUAUUCUUCAAUAAUUGUUAUUCUAGUCCCUGUCAUUGUCCCUUUUUUCACUGGAUAACAAUGAGUAAUGACACUGGUUAGUAACACUUUAAUAAAUAAACAUCUUUCAUAGAUCAUCAGUCAGAUAUUGUGAUAGGAACAGGAAAUGUACAGAUUUUGACUGAGGAUGAUAAUUGUUCUAGAUAAUUUGGAUGAUUGUACUCCUAUAUACCUUCUAUGCUUGUGUGUGUCAAUAAUUCAUGUAUAUAAUCAUUUCCAGUGUGUACCACCAUGUGACAAGUUUGUAUUUGGUGCCUCAUUAUAAAUACCUUGAAAACCUGUAAUAUAAUAUCAACAAAAAUAAAUUGUUUCUAUCAGCGUGUUAAAA